AUGACGGAACCACGCCCCAAAGUCACCCUCCCCGCGCCCCCCUUCCACCUCAUCCCAGGCCUCCCCAACUUCCGCGACGCCGGCGGCUACCCCGUCGACGCCCUCCCGGCCGGCCGCAUCGUCAAACCGGGAAUCCUCUUCCGCUCCGCCGAGCCCUCCCGCCUGACCGACGACGGCGUCGCCCGCCUCCAGGACCUCAACAUCACCCACGUCUACGACCUCCGCUCCACCAUUGAGCUCGAGCGCCUCGCCCAGGCCGGAACGAGCUGCGACGUCCGCGAGUGGCCCGGCGCCACGCGCAUCUUUGUCCCCGUCUUUCGGGACAUGGACUACGGCCCCGAAGCUAUUGCCUUACGGUACCGGAAUUACUCUAGUAACGGGCCCGAGGGCUUCACAAAGGCCUACACCGACAUCCUCCGCGCCGCCUCGGAAGCAGACCACCCCAACGACCCCUUCCACACAAUCCUCUCCCACCUCGCCUCCCCCGAACCCCCGACCCCGCUGCUCAUCCACUGCACCGCCGGCAAGGACCGGACGGGCAUCAUCUGCGCCCUCAUCCUCAGCCUGUGCGGCGUCUCGGACGAGGUCGUCGCCCACGAGUACAGCCUGACGGACAUCGGUCUCCAGGACCGCAGGGAGGAGAUUAUCCAGCACCUCCUCGCCACCGAGGCCAUGAAGGGGAACCCCGAGGGGGCCAGGCGCAUGAUUGGAUCUCGGAAAGAAAACAUGCUUGCGACGCUGGCCGCGCUCCGCGAGGAGUACGGUUCAAUCGAGGCGUACGUCCAGAACAGAUGUCGUCUCUCGCCAGAGGACAUUAGCCGUAUUCGGUCAAACCUAGUAGUGGAUGCCGACGACGGGCGUAAAGUGGUUGACUGGGUCUCACACACAAAGUAUUUGCUUUGA